GGAGAGCGCGGGAUCUGGGUGGCCGGUGGAGGGCCGAACCAAGGGGCGGGGAGCGCAAGGACUGUAGGCUCCUGCGGGGUCUCAGCCCCUAGCGUCAGCGUCCCGGCUCAGCCCCGCAGCGCCCACCUGAUUGGCGGCAGUGGGCCUCUGUAGUCGGUGAUCUGCACCGUGGAGCUGCGGCCCGGUUGGACGUGCGCUCCGGCCCCCCGGCGCAGACGAAGCCGGGGUAGAACAUGGCUGCGGCGGGUCUGGAUCAUCUGAAAAAUGUCUACAGAAGAAGAUUUUGCCGACCCUCCAGGGUACCUGACAUUAAUACAAAGCAAGACCAGAACAUAUUCAAAAUCCUACAAGACUGUUUUGAAGAAAAAAGUCUUUCCAAUGAUUUUAGCACAAAUUCUACAAAAUCAGUUCUUUGUUCAACACCUAAAUUAAAAGACGUUUGUAUUCAGUCGCCAAGGAAGGAGUGCCAGAAAUCCCUUCCAGAGUCAGUUCCAGUUUCUUCAAGGAAGGAAGAAGCCUGUCUGCCAUUCAUUGUAGAACCAGGUGAAGCUGCUAACAUAUCAGUACAGGCUCAUGAAGUUCAUGAGAAAAUUCUGGCAACUGAUGUUGGUUCUAAAAAUACACCGGAUAUGAAAAAUGUGUCAAGUAGAAAGCUAAAUGAUCAUCACAGUGAAGCUGAUGGAGAAUUUUACUUAUCUGUUGGCUCACCUUCUGUUAUUUUGGAUGCAAAAACAUCUUUCUCGCAAAAUGCUAUUCCAUCUACUGCUCAAAAGAGAGAGACUUACACUUCUGAAAAGUCAGUAAAUGUGCUGUCCUCAAGUAUGGAAACUUCUCUUAAGACCAAAAAAAGGUUAAACUUUGAUAAAGAUAUUUUGAAAAAUGUAGAAAUAACAGAUAAAGUAUCAGAAAUUGAGGAUAAAGUGUCAGAAGGACCACAAAAGAGGAAACCAUCAGGAACAUUUCAGAAAAGAACACAAGAUAUGGAAUAUGAAAUUCAACCACAAGCUAAAAAGAGUUUUUCAACAAUGUUUUUAGAAACUGUAAAAAGAAAAAGUGAAUCCAGUUCUGUUGUUAGGCAUAUAGCAACUGCUCCACCUCAUUCAUCUUCUCCAAAUGACGUGAAGUUGUUAGAAGAUGAAUUUAUAAUUGAUGAGUCAGAUAAAGGUUUUUCAAAUCAAUCUUGGAUUAUAAUACCAAGGAAGACUGGACUUCCAAAACAAUGCACAAGAUCUCCUGUUGAGAGCACUGUACUUCUUGAAGGAAAGAAGUUGAGAGAAAAACAUCACAAUAUAACAUCUGAGACUUCAACAAAUGGCAAACAGUCACAUAAAGCUCAGUCAAUACAGAAAUCUAAGCCCUCUGAACAAAAAGAACUGGGUAGAAAUUGUGCUUCGACAGAUGAAAUGGAAAAUAAUUAUAGAUCUACAGAAUAUGUAUUGUAUUCUCAUGAUGCAGAAAAAUCGUCUGGAAAUAAAAGGACCAUAAAACAAAAACAAAAAAGAAAAUUUAAGGCUAAUGUAGUUGAAGAGCGGCUUGAUAUGGAACACUCUAAAGAUAAAAACACAAAUAUGUCAUGUAUAGCCCAAGACAAAUUUGAAAGAAAUUCAGACAGAGAUAUGGAAAAGUGUGAAGAGAUGAGAAAUGAUCAUGUUUCCAGUAAAGAGAUGCUAUCUAUGGGAAAGAAGAAAAGUAGUACCAAUGUUUCUCAUAAAGAACAUCAGAAAAAAGAUAAGGAAGAAUCCAAAAACAAGCGUUUUUCAAAUGGGCUCAAGAACAAACUUGUACCUGACAAAGUGACUCUGACUAUCACAAGAAGUCGAAGAAUUUCCAGGCGUCCAUCUAAUUGGUGGAUGGUAAAAUCAGAGCAGAGUCCUGUUUGUAGCAAUUCUUCUUCAAUAAGAAAUGAAUUAUCAGUGCAUCACAACAGUAGACAGAAAUCUGCCGGAAAAACAAAUCAAUCAUCUAAGAAUAUUGGGGAAAAAACCAUUCCACUUAGAAGACAGAAGACAGCUACUCAAGGAAGUUCAAGACAACAGAAGUUUUUAAAUGUUAAAGAUUCUGAAGGUAUCAUUGGCUGUGAUGAAAUUUCCAGUUAUUCCCAGAAUAAGUCAUUGGAAAGUGGCAAGAAAGACCUGGCUAAGAAGAAAAAUCUUGAUCGUUCUAGAGCUGCAGGAAGCUUACAGGAUCAAGAUAGUAGUGCAACUGUACCAAAUGUUCACAGAAAGUCUCAGAUCAGUGGAUAUAAAUGCAAGACACCAGUACAGUGUGAUUUGGGUUCUAGAGAGCCUAAAACUUCAAUUUUGGAUGAAAGUGGACCUUCCAGGCUCCAGAAUUAUUUAGCAUCUGGAAAGAAUAAUUCUGAUGUGGAUGAAAAGGAAGUUCAGGAAAAUUCAGAUGACUCAAGAGUAAAAAGUUUUGAAGUAACAGAGAAUAAAAUACAUCACAAAUUAGUGUUGCCCUCCAACACACCAAAUGUUCGCAGGACCAAGAGAACACGAUUGAAACCUUUGGAAUACUGGAGAGGAGAGCGAGUAGAUUAUGAAGGAAGGCCAUCAGGAGGAUUUGUGAUUGGUGGAGUACUGUCCCCAGACACAGUAUCAUCUAAAAGGAAGGCAAAAGGAAACAUGGGAAAAGUCAACAAAAUAGCUAAUAGGAAAAGGAUCUGUCUUGAUGACGAUGAAAGAAAGAAUAGAUUAGUGGCAAAUCUGAAUAUGCCUCUAGGAGAUCCACUUCAGCCAACAAGGGUAAAGGACCCAGACACAAGAGAGAUUAUUCUCAUGGAUCUUAUAAGACCACGAAAUACAUAUCAAUUUUUUGUUGAGCAUAAUGAGUUAAAAGUAUAUAAAACAUUGGAUACUUCCUAUUUUUCUACUGGAAAAUUGAUAUUAGGACCAUGUCAAGAAAAGGGAAAGCAGCAUGUUGGCCCAGAUACAUUGGUUUUUUAUGUUAACUUCGGUGACCUUUUAUGUACCUUACAUGAAACACCUUAUAUAAUGUCUACUGGAGAUUCAUUCUAUGUUCCUUCAGGCAAUUAUUACAACAUCAAAAAUCUCCUAAAUGAGGAAAGUGUUCUUCUUUUUACUCAGAUAAAAAGAUGAAAGAUGAAGCAAAGUUUAAACAAUGUAUAUAUAAGUUUGUACAGUGGGACAUUUAUCCUUGUAAUUACUUGUGAUGUUUUAAAAUAAAAAUUUUAUCGUUUUGUGUAUACUUGUAUUAGAUAAACAUUGUCAAAGUUCCAUUGUCUUCUGAUUUCACCACAAAUACAUACGUUGCCUGUAGUGAUGCCCAUGUUUAUAUUAUUUUAAUAAGCAAGAACACCAAAUCACUGUAUUCUGAUAUUUCUUUAUGAGAAGAAAUCUGAUUAUGCCGAUUCAUUUAAAAUUUUUUUCCCACAUAUUAGUUUUAAAUUAUUAAUCAUUAAAUAAUCCAAUAAUAGGGAACUGUGGUAAAUGGUAUAUUGGGAGUAACAUUAUUUAAACCAGCGGUUACAUAUAAACUUCUUUUCCCUCAUGUUUCACUUAUAUUUUCUGCGGGAGGAGGUACCCUUUGCCUUUGCUUGCUGUGUUUCUUUCCCCUUCCCCUUUUAAUACUAAAAUGAAAUGUUUUGAUAAAUAAAUCUAGGCUAAAGAGUCUAAUUUGAUUUCUUUUGUAUAGACACAUGUUGUAAUUACAAUUAACUCUGAAGAAGUUGAUGUUUCAUGGUGAACCAUCCUUAGGCCAUCCCCCUUUUUAGUUCUAUAUUUAACAGUUAAAUACUGUUAUAUGUGUUGUAUACACGUAUAAGAUACUUAAUAGAGUCUUCUAGAGAUAGAUCAUACUUACUCAGAAAUGAAUGAGUAAAGAAAUGAACAAUAUCCCAAAAAUCCAUGUUUCAAGCAGUGACUACAAAAACUUCUAGCAAUAUGUUGUUAAAUUCACUAGGAAAAAGUAUUGAAGUACAAAUAAAUGAAUGUUUAAAAAAGGUAAAUGUUACUUUUUACCUCAAUUUUUGACUUACAAAUACAUUUCCUUAUAGGAAAUGUCAUGGUAUAUUUGUUGAUAUGAUAGGCAAUGUUUGAACUUUAUCAGAAUACUUAUAUUGAGGGUUAAUGGAAACUUAUGUCUUCGAAAAUUUACGAGAAUAUAAAAAUGAUGUGCAUUCUUGUUAAACACAUUUACUGUCUUUUUGUGCUUAGUAUUGUGUAAAAUGUUGGGUAUACAGAGACAAAAAUAGAGCCAUUUAUAGUAGAGAAGACAGAAUAGCCAUUUUUAGGGUUGAUAUAGAAUCUGUCUGACUGAGAAAUUCUUUUAAUAUGUAGGAAAUCCUAAUACAUUAAUUUGAGAAUUUGCCUUUAAAAAUUCACUGUCUCUUUUGUUAACUGGAGCUGCUGAAGCUUUACUCCUGGUUUUCAAGCUAAUUACUCCAGCUCCUCUCUUGAUGAAAGGAGAAAGAAUUGGUGCAAAAUAUCAUUGCAGAAUAAUCCAGGCUUUCCUCUUAACAUCACCUAGAAUAACCAAAAAAAUGUGAAAAGCUAAAGAGAUUUGGAGAGAAAAAUGGUUAAAUGUCAGAAACAAAUUACUAGCAGCUAUUCCUGAAGUUAUUUUAAAUCUGUUAGCUCAAACACCUUAAUCCCAUUUGUCAAAAUUGUAAUUCACUAGUAUGCUUUCAACUUUGCUUUUAUUGAAAAACAAAAAAGAAGCAACAAUGGAAAUGUUUUGUUUUACAUGUGAAGCUUAAUUUCUCCAUGAGGAGCUUCUGAGUUUGGUAAACAAAUAAACUUUAUUACUAGA